AUGUUUGUGUAUAAAAGAGACGGACGUCAAGAGCCGGUCAAAUUUGACAAAAUCACUGCACGUAUCUCGCGUUUAUGUUACGGAUUGGACCCUAAGCACAUCGAUGCAGUGAAGAUCACUCAGCGGAUCAUCUCUGGUGUGUAUGAAGGUGUGACAACGGUGGAGCUGGACAAUCUUGCUGCCGAAACAUGUGCGUACAUGACAACGAUUCACCCAGACUACGCAACUCUGGCAGCCAGAAUUGCCAUCUCGAAUCUUCACAAACAAACCACCAAGCAAUUCUCGCAGGUGAUAAGCGAAUUGUACCAUUACGUUAAUCCUAAGAAUGGAAUCCACUCGCCUAUGAUCUCGCAAGAGGUUUAUGACAUCGUGCAAAACAACAAGGACGAGCUCAACUCCGCGAUUGUUUACGACCGCGAUUUCCAAUACAACUAUUUCGGCUUCAAGACGCUGGAGCGCUCUUACCUGCUCAGAAUCAAUGGCCAGGUCGCGGAAAGACCACAGCAUUUGAUCAUGCGUGUGUCUGUCGGUAUCCACGGCAACAACAUCGCCAGGGUAUUGGAAACUUACAAUCUGAUGUCGAACAAAUACUUUACGCAUGCGUCUCCCACAUUGUUCAACGCCGGUACUCCACACCCACAGAUGUCGUCGUGCUUUUUGGUCGCCAUGAAGGAUGACUCCAUCGAUGGUAUUUACGACACUUUGAAAGAAUGUGCUAUGAUCUCCAAAACUGCGGGCGGUAUCGGAUUGCACAUUCACAACAUUCGUUCGACCGGGUCUUACAUUGCCGGUACGAACGGUACUUCCAACGGUCUUAUCCCCAUGAUUCGUGUCUUCAAUAACACUGCUCGUUACGUCGACCAAGGUGGUAACAAAAGACCAGGUGCAUUUGCCUUAUACCUUGAGCCAUGGCACUCAGACAUCUUCGAUUUCGUCGACAUCCGGAAAAACCACGGUAAAGAAGAGAUUCGUGCUAGAGAUCUGUUCCCAGCCCUUUGGAUUCCUGACUUGUUCAUGCGUAGAGUCCAAGAGAAUGGUGACUGGACUCUUUUCUCUCCAAGCGAAGCUCCAGGACUUGCUGACGUCUAUGGAGAUGAGUUCGAAGCUCUUUACGAACGUUACGUUCAGGAAGGUCGUGGAAGAAAAACUAUCAAAGCUCAGAAGCUCUGGUAUGCCAUUUUAGAGGCUCAAACAGAGACUGGUACUCCUUUCAUGCUAUACAAAGACGCUUGCAACCGUAAAUCGAACCAAAAGAACUUGGGUGUUAUCAAGUCUUCGAACUUGUGUUGCGAAAUUGUCGAAUACUCCGCGCCCGAUGAAACCGCUGUCUGCAACUUGGCCUCUGUAUCCCUACCCGCCUUCAUCGAAACCUCCGAGGACGGCAAGACGCAGUGGUAUAACUUCGAAAAGUUGCACGACAUUGCCAAGGUGGUAACGUAUAACUUGAACCAGAUCAUCGACCGCAACUACUACCCUGUCGAAACUGCCAGAAACUCUAACAUGAGACACAGGCCUAUUGCACUUGGUGUCCAAGGUCUGGCAGAUGCUUUCAUGAUCUUGCGUAUUCCUUUUGAUUCCCAAAAAGCUAAGGAACUCAACAUUCAGAUCUUCGAAACCAUUUACCACGCCGCUUUGGAGGCAUCCCACGAAUUGGCUUUGAAGGAGGGUUCAUACCAAUCCUUCGAGGGUUCUCCAGCUUCCAAGGGUAUUCUGCAGUUUGACAUGUGGGACAAGACGCCAACUGACCUAUGGGACUGGGCCACUUUGAAAGAAAAGAUUCAAAAAGGCGGUUUGAGAAACUCCCUUCUUGUGGCUCCUAUGCCAACUGCCUCUACAUCCCAAAUUUUGGGUAACAACGAAUGUUUCGAGCCUUACACCUCAAACAUGUACUCACGUCGUGUCUUGUCGGGUGAGUUCCAAAUUGUGAACCCUUACCUACUACGCGACUUGGUUGACCUUGGUAUCUGGGACGAUGCUAUGAAAUCUCAUAUUAUUUCCGACAAUGGUUCCAUUCAGAACCUACCGAACAUUCCACAGGAAUUGAAAGACCUUUACAAGACCGUUUGGGAGUUGUCUCAGAAAGCCAUCAUUGAAAUGGCGGCCGAUCGUGCUUGCUACAUUGACCAGUCUCAAUCUUUAAACGUCCACAUCCGUGCCCCUACCAUGGGUAAGCUAACAAGUAUGCAUUUCUAUGGUUGGAAGAAGGGUUUGAAAACCGGUAUGUACUACUUGAGGACUCAAGCUGCUUCUGCUGCCAUCCAGUUCACCAUCGACAAGUCUGUGGCUUCUCAAGCUGGAGACAAAGUCGCCGAUUUGGAGAACUUGAACAGACCAUUGUAUGAACCUCGCAAGACUGACUUCAGCAAGGGAGCUGCCGAGGUCCAGCAUGUUGGUGUCGCACAGGAAACAACGGAGCGUUCUUCAACGCCAUCCGGCGAGUCUUCUCUCGCCAACAGUGUUGCGUCUUUGAAAAUUGAAGAGCGCAAGCCUGUGACACCGGCCAUUGUUGGUGACACAUCUUCCAAAGCCCAGACGGACGUCCAGCCAGAUGACUCGAACACAACGGAAUUUGACAUCUACAACUCUAAAGCAAUUGCGUGCGCUAUAGACAAUCCUGGUGCUUGCGAAAUGUGUUCAGGUUGA